AUGGGCUUCGACAUUGCCCCAGCCCUCAUCAUAUUUCUCGUUAUCCUCGGAGCAGGCGCGCUCGUCUGCUGUGGCUUUGCUGUCUACCGGUUCUACGGCGGAGAACCUGAAGACGAGUCAAGCCGUUUCCACAGAAGCCCAGAGCAAGACUCUUAUAUGAGAGAGGUUCGGGAACGAAGUUGGCGCAAGCUACCCCAGCUGGGUAUGCCAAAGCCCUACUAUCAGUCCAACCUGGGUCACGCACCGAUGAGUCCAAGCGGCAGCAACACUACAUACGGAUGA